AUGGAGGCUAGUGGCCCCAACCCACUCAUCUCGAGCCAGAAGAGCUCCCAGCUGCAUGCCGUCCUUCACCCGCUGGUGCUUCUCACAAUUUCCGACUACAUUACGCGCCAUACUCUCCGCCAGCAGUCCGUACCAAUAAUUGGAGCUCUUCUUGGCCAGCAGAAUGGUCGCGAAAUCACCAUCGAGCAUGCGUUCGACUGCCACCUCGUUGAAGCGCCUGACGAAGAGGGCGGCUACCUACUGGACAAUGUCAAGUUUACUGCUCGACUGGAGCAAAUGAUUACCGUUCACAAGGAUCGACAGCUCGACUUCAUUGGCUGGUACACGCUGCUUCCUGCAAACGGACCGACACCGACCGUCUUACCUAUCCACAACCAGAUAUUGCAAGGCUGGAACGAGUCUGCAGUCCUCCUGGGCUUCCAGCCCCAAGAAGUCCUCCACCACUCUGUUGGUGGCAAGCUGCCUCUCACCAUAUACGAAAGCAACUACGAAGCGGACGAAUCAAAGAUCGACCACGAUGGCGAAGACAAGAAGAUGGACGACGGAGAACCGCCUCUGAAGCUAAAGUUUCGGGAAGUCCCAUAUUCAGUUGAGACGGAUGAGACAGAAAUGAUCAGCAUGAACUAUAUCGCGAGCAGUGGAGGUAACGCCGCCGCUGUGGCCGCCAAGGACGCACAGCCAUCGCGAUCUGUAGAGUCGAAUGGCAAGGGCAAGCGUCGUUUAGUCGAGAGCGACGAUCCCGCCGAUAUCCUGCAGGACGAUGAAUCGGGUGUCACGCUCACACGGGAAGAAGAGGAGACGCUCGCUGCCCUGACUGCCAAAGCCAACGCCGUCAAGAUGCUCCAAUCUAGGAUCCAACUGCUUACUGCAUAUCUCGAGAGUAUCCCGACUUCGGUUGGAAGCACGGAGGCGGUCGAUGAAGGCUCCAUGGAUACCGACUCAUCUACCAUGACACCUUCGCUGACGGUCUUGCGGGAGAUCAAGGCACUCACUGGUCGCCUGGGAUUGGUGAUUCCAUUGGACGACGAAUCCUUCCAGAAAGAGAUGGCUUCGGAGAAGAAUGAUGUCGAGACUAUCGACCUUCUGAGCACUCUCAUGCAGAGCAUUAGUCAGGCGCGUCAAGUGGGCAAGAAGUUCAGCGUUGUCGACGGUUAUAAGAACAGCAUGCAGAGGCGCGGGGAAUACCCUGGCACGCCAUCCUUUUCGCUCCCUGGAACAAAUGAACUGCUCAUGUAA